CUGUGGAGGCGGCGGCCAUCUUGGCGGCGGAGCGAUGAGUGGGUCUAACCCGAAGGCUGCGGCCGCGGCGUCGGCGGCUGGGCCCGGGGGGCUGGUGGCUGGCAAGGAGGAGAAGAAGAAGGCGGGCGGCGGCGUCCUGAACCGCCUGAAGGCGCGGCGGCAGGCGCCCCACCACGCGGCCGACGACGGCGUCGGGGCAGCGGUCACGGAACAGGAGCUGCUGGCGCUGGACACCAUCCGGCCCGAGCACGUCCUGCGCCUCAGCCGGGUCACUGAGAAUUAUUUAUGUAAACCCGAAGACAACAUCUACAGUAUUGAUUUCACCCGCUUCAAAAUUCGAGAUUUGGAGACAGGGACAGUACUUUUUGAGAUUGCCAAACCUUGCGUUUCAGACCAGGAGGAGGAUGAGGAGGAGGGAGGUGGAGACGUGGACAUCAGCGCAGGACGUUUUGUCCGCUAUCAGUUCACACCGGCAUUUCUCCGCCUCCGGACAGUCGGGGCUACGGUGGAGUUCACAGUGGGAGACAAACCUGUGUCAAACUUCCGGAUGAUCGAACGGCACUAUUUCCGGGAACACUUGCUGAAAAACUUUGACUUUGAUUUUGGCUUCUGCAUCCCCAGCAGUAGGAACACUUGUGAACAUAUCUAUGAGUUUCCCCAGCUUUCGGAGGAUGUCAUUCGUCUGAUGAUUGAAAAUCCUUAUGAGACCCGCUCUGACAGCUUCUACUUUGUUGACAACAAGCUGAUAAUGCACAACAAGGCUGAUUAUGCCUAUAAUGGAGGCCAGUAAGUGCUGCAGGAGUAGAUAGGGGAGGUGCUUUGCCGCGGCCGCAAGAUCCUGGCACAUGGAGGCGACUGAAUCUGCAGUUUGUCAACACACAUCUGGAACCUGGCCCCAGGAAGCCAAGGCUGGGGUGGCAGUUUCCUGCGCGCCAAAGGAGCUGCCAAGCAGUGCUGUGUUUUCUUCCCCAGUAUUUUUUCUUCCCUUUUUUUCCUGCUCCUUAGGUUGCAGAGGUACUAUAGUAAAGUAAAAGGUUAGGAUAAGGCUCCUGGAAUCCAGAUAAAAAAGUUUAUUUUCCUGUAGUUCUGGCUGCCUGUUGGUUGUCUUGACCAGCCUUUGUCUCUCCAGGCAUAGCUGUCCCUGGUGAGAAGGCUCUGGCCAGGCCCACCAGCAGGUCAGCAGCUCUUAAGGUUCCUGGGUACUGUGGGAAGCUGAAAGGUAGGCCUCUUCCGGUAGCUCCUCCUCUCACCUCCGGCAUUGCCAUCAGCGCAGUCUGCCCUCGGUCUGUGUGAAGUCUUAAACCAACUGGAAGAAGCUUGAAAGGGUGGGGAGGGAGGGAGAUGCCAAGAGUGGAGGUACCAAGGAAUGGGUGAUGCUGCCAAGCUGAAGGGUCUGCCUUGUGGAGAGGCUGCUGCUGUGUCUGACUUCCAGGGUCUCAGCCAUCCCUCCUGGGAAUAGACCAAGGUUUCAGCCUGGCAGUGCCUUCUGUUCUCAUUUUGGAGGACAGACAAGCUUGCUUCGCAUCUCCUGGCUCCUCCCUUCUGAGUCUCAUGAAAUAGAACGAGUCAGCUCUGCUCAUGGAACAGUAGUAUCUCUUGAGGCCAGAGCAGGUUUCGUAUUUUGUUUUUUUAUUUCCAGACUUCUUUGGGGGAGGUUUUAUAAAAUGACAGUGGUGUUCCCAGCAUAUGUGAUAUGUGGUUAGACUUCUGAUAGUAUUAAUCAGCUUCCUGGGGCUAAUCUGGCUUAUGUUGGGAGGAUGUGCUUACGAAUCAGCAGCAGCUUUCUAAAGGAGAGAUUUGACUUUUCUCUGCACUGCACAGCCUGGAGGCUCGGCUUUUGAUGGGGAUUUGCCUCGGAAGCUCUUUGUACAUUUCUUGUUUAGGAGGGUUUUCCUAUCUACCUUUCUACUGAAGUAGUUUCUGGAACUAUCCUAGUGGAUCAGAGUUAAGUAAUGCAGUCUGAUCCUUCAGACUGCUAGUUAGAAUUGUUUUAGGUGUUCAGAAAGGGCAAAAUAGGCUGAUGUGGCCUGUCAGAGUGAUGUGUUCUCAAAAAAGUUCACCUGCACGCCUGUGGGCUGCGUUUGUCCUCAGACAAUUAGUGGACAGACUCCACAAACCCUCUGAUGAGAUGAUUGAUGUGGCCAGGGUCCAGUUAGCAUCAGUAGAAGGAUGUCACUAGGAAAGGCCCAGGUAUCUGGUAAGUGACUGUGAGGUGUCACGGUAGCUGACAGGAGAGUGUCCUGAAGUGCUUGGGAGAAAGGCCGUAUGGGGGCCAGGGACAGAAGAGACAGUGUGGCCACUGAAGUUCCUGUGCAUCCAUCACUGGUACUGCUCCCUGUGUGGGCUCUAGGGCGAGUGGCCCUGAACCUUGGCCCAGUGCUUUGUACCAGGCCAGAGUCUUGGCAGUGCCACAUGCUGGCAGCUUUCUGACUGAGAAGGUCCUAGCUUACCCCUGUGUGCUGGCCUUGGAUUCGGCCCCGAGAGAGGGGAGAGACCAUGCCUCCUGUGGAGUGGGUUCCUUAUCACCAGACCGCCCACUCUCAGAACUGGCGUCCACUGUAAAUCCAGGUGCCUUACAUGUGGCUCUGUCCUUUAUGCUCCUGGGGAAAGCUGCAUUGCCAUUGUUCCCACCUCCUCAUUGGCAGAAAGAUGCCGGCACUGUUAGCACUGUCUCCUCACCUUCUGUUUCUCAUGUGGCUCCUCAAAUGGGAUUUGCAUGUUCCUGUCAAGCUUAACAACAAUCCCUUCUCUCUUUGACAGAGGCCCAGGUGGGACAGUUUCUAUUUGAUAUUUGAAUAUUAUCUGGGAUGUGGUUCUGGAGCUGCCCAGAGCUGUGCUCAGUAGAGUGUGUCUUGGAAACAUGCCCCUGGGCAGACUGUAUCUACUACACUAAUGAGCUAUCACUUAUCUGCAGUGUUCGCUUUUGCUAGAAAGAGGACGUGGAGGAAGGAGGAGGUGGGCAAUCUGGCUUGAGUUGUGCUGUAUCCUCUUCCUUGUUAGCUUGCCUUAGUCUCACUGGAGACCAUUUGCGGACAGUGCUUGGUCUAUGCCCAGCAGGACAGGCUUUGCUGUUUCUGAAAGUCUUGUGUUCUGUAUCUGGGGCUCUGGAUUCCUGUGUCUAGCUGCUCA